AACUGUAUUCUGAAGCUUUUGGUCGGUACUCAGCUUUCUGUUUCGCGCUUGCUAGUCCAGAUCCAAAGAGAGCAUCUCUUCCUUGAAUCGCGUGUAUUGAGAAGCCAUAGCGAAUCGAUUUAUCAUUCCGAUCGCAGAUUCCAUUCGAUGAGGCUCUUGCAAUUAGGUUUUCUACUGGCUUUAGCUUCGGGGCUGUCAGCGAUCCUCAUCUACUUCACCGGCACAUCCAAUCUAUAUGGGAGUCAUCGGCUAUCGGAUGAAGAUGUGGAGGCACUGCAGUCCUUGCAGGGAGGUUUCCGGAAGUGUGUGAGUGCAAAUGGAUUAGGUUUACAGGCUGUGAGUGGUAAUGAUUAUUGCCAAGUGACAAUAAGCUUUCCCGGUGACACUGCCUCCAAAUGGAAAGAUCCUAAAACUGGGGAAGUUGAAGGUUUGUCUUUUGAUUUUAAUCUCUGCGAAGCUGUGGCUACAUGGGAGCAGGUGCGGAAUAGUACAACAAUACUUACCAAGGAAUUCAUUGAUGCUUUACCAAAUGGAUGGGAGGAUUAUGCAUGGCGUAGGAUUAACAAAGGAGUACUUCUGAAUCGCUGUGCGAAUAAAACUCUGUGCAUGGAGAAACUCUCACUGGUACUCCCAGAAGCACCACCAUAUUAUCCAAGGCAGUUUGGCCGAUGUGCUGUUAUUGGUAACUCGGGAGAUCUGUUGCAAACAAGGUUUGGGAAAGAGAUUGAUAGCUAUGAUGCUGUUAUAAGAGAAAAUGGUGCCCCCAUUCAGAAUUAUACAGAAUAUGUGGGCAAAAAAAGUACAUUUCGUCUUCUUAAUAGGGGAUCUGCCAAAGCACUUGAUAAAGUUGUAGAGUUAGAUGAAACACGAAAGGAGUCCUUGAUAAUUAAAACAACAAUACAUGACAUUAUGAACCAGAUGAUUCGGGAAAUUCGCAUUAAAAAUUCUAUAUAUCUCAUGCUCGGUGCAUCCUUUGGUUCUGCUGCAAAGGGAACAGGGCUCAAGGCUCUUGAAUUUGCUCUCUCAAUAUGUGAAUCAGUAGAUAUGUAUGGUUUUACUGUGGAUCCAGGCUAUAAAGAAUGGACUAGAUAUUUCUCGGAAUCUCGGAAAGGACAUACCCCUUUGCAUGGUAGGGCUUACUACCAGAUGAUGGAGUGUUUGGGUCUUAUUAGAAUCCAUUCUCCUAUGCGAGCUGAUCCAAACCGUGUCGUGAAAUGGGUGCCUAGCCAAAGUGUCAUUAGGGCUGCCAGAAUUGCAUCAGAGAAGUUGUUAAGGAGGGUAGGAGCAGGGUCUGCAGACCCGCUGGCUGCCUGUGCCAUAACAAGAAAGCAAGUUGAAUGGAAGUCGACAAUGGUUUCAAGUCUUAGAAAGGCUGCUGUUGAUCAUCAAAUUUCUGUGAAAGCCACAACAAUGUACCCGCUGGAGCAUAAUCCUGGACAUGGUAUGCUUUGCACAGUGUCUGCUAGUUGAGUCUAUGGCAGGCAACUGGAUUUGAUCUCACAGAGACAAGUUUGGGCACUCUUGACACUGUAUUGGGAGAUCAUUUGUCAGAAAGUCCCAUGAUUAAUCAUUAGCUUGUCCCACUAUUCUUCCUGCAUCUCCUCUGAUUGUGAGGGGAGUCAACAAUCAACUUUGUUAUGGCCUGCAUGAGCUCUUUUGUAUAUCCGACUUCUAGGCCAGCAAAGAUCUUUUCCUUUUUAUUUAUGUGGUUCGGGCUUGUAAGGAUGACUGCAAAAUAUUUGUAUCUAACAUAUUAAUUCAUUAGUUGUCAUGAGAAAAGAUGCAUUUCAGUGACUUAAAAAGUUAUUUUCUUUUCGGUGCCGAGUGGCAUACUUUCUUGGA